AUGUCCAUCGCCGCAGCAUCGGCAACAGCAGCCGCAGCAUCAACGGGAAACUCCACCACGAUCCUCCAAGGCACCGACUUCGACAUCAGUGACAUCAGCGCGAACAAUGGCGACCGCCCACAGGACUCGUACGGGCCGACACUGUACGCCGUCACUGUCUCGCUGAUGGUGGUUUCCGGCCUCGUCGUUGCCGGAAGGGUUUACUGCAGAGCGUCCAUGCUGGGUUAUAUCGGGAAGGAUGAUUAUUGUAUUGUUUUGGCCAGUGCACUGGCUGUGGCUAUUGCGGUGCCAAUGGUGUUGUCGGUUCAUGAUGGGUUUGGCGCGCAUAUAUGGAAUAUUAACUCUUUGAUGCUGGGGAAAAUCCUGAUGCUCUCAGUCGUGAUCCAGAUCCUCUACAUCCUCGCCAUCGGCGCAGUCAAGCUCAGCCUGCUCUUCCAGCUGCUGCGCAUCUGUUCGCCGCUCUCGCGGAUGCGCACCACCAUGUACCUGAUCUUCACGCUCAGCAUCGCCUUAACUUUGGCCAACUUCUUCGUGACUGUAUUCCAAUGCGUCCCGCUAUCGUACACCUGGGACCGCGUGGACCCUUUGAAAGCCGCCAGUUCCAAGGGAAGGUGUCUCGAGUACGCCACGCUGCAGUACACCGUGAGCGCAACUAACAUCCUCAUGGACGUGAUCGUGUGGAUUGCCCCCAUGCACCUGGUGUAUAUGCUGCAGCUGCCGCGCGCGCAGAAGUGGGGGCUUGUGGGUGUGUUCUCGCUGGGUGCUGUAGUCAUUGUUGCGGCGAGUGCAAGGCUAGCCGCGGUCUUUGCCGUCGCGAAUUCCAGAGAUGCCAAAAUCGACGCCACCUACCACACCGCCAUCCCCGCCAUCUGGCUAAUGGUCGAAGUCAACACGGCCAUAAUCUGCAGCUCUUUACCACCAUUACGGCCUCUGAUAAGGCGGACGUUCCCACGGCUGCUCGGCGGCAGCAGCAGCACGCACACCGGACGUCCCUCGCGCUCCCGUUCGCACAGCCACAGCCACACGAUUCCGCUCGGAAAGCUGCCGUGCGUCCGCGAGCACCACCACCGCGAGAGCACGUCGUCGUAUACGGAGCAGUUUGCCGCCGAGGGGGGGGUGUAUGGCAAGAUGCCUAGCAACAGAUACAACCUCCGCAAGCGGACCACCAAGCCCUCUGCCGCCGCCACGCCGCCCCGCCGCAAGGCCAGCAAGCAUGCCAAGACUGCGCUUGCAGACCUCCAAGGCCGCCGCCGCCAGCAGGAUCUCCAAGACCGCCGCCACCAAGCCGACCAACAUCUACUACGCCGUCAAGCCCAGCACGAUGGCGUUGAGGGCGGCGAGUGGCCCGAUGAUAUGGACUUUGAGGAGAUCCGCGGGGAGGGGGAGGGACUGGAUGAGGAGGGACAGGAGGAGGUGGAGCGCCAGGCGGAGGCACAGCUGGAGAAGGAGCAGCGGGAGAAGGACAAGGAUGAGAAAGCGGAGGAAGAGCAGGAGGAACAGGCGGGAAACAGCAGCCGCCUCAGCUGUCUCGUUAUGUAGAAAAAAA